ACUUUUCUUUCUUUCUUUAUAGAACCCAAAUUUUUUUUUUUUUAAAAAAAGAACAAACUGUAAAAAAAAAUAUAUUAUUGUGGGGAUUAUAAUAACUACAUAAUAAAAAAAUAAAUAUUUAUUUAGUUAGUAGGUUUAAAACUUUUUUUUAUUUUUUAAAUAUUUUAAAAAACAAAAAAAAAAAACACACAACCACACAAAAUAAAAUUGUUAUUAUUUUUAAUGUAAAAUAGUUAUAACAAAUCUAAACAAAUCUAAACAAAAAAAAAAACAACAACAAUAGCAAAUAACAGCAACAUAAAUAAAUAAAUAAUAAUAAUAAAAAUAUACACAGCAAAACGAAAAAAAAAAAAAAUAUAGAUCCAAAACCAAAAAUUCAAAAUAAAUAAAAUAUAAAAUAUAAAAUGGGGAAAGCUGAUGAGAAACAACCGUUAUUAACAUCAUCAAUAAACGGUGAUGAUGAAUUUCAAGAUGAUGACGCAAAACCAAUUUUAAUAAUGCAAAAAUCAAAGUUGGAACUUAUUAAAGAAAAAAUUAGAGGGGCAAUGACAAAGGACACUCUUCAAAUUUUAUUAUAUGUAGUAUUAUAUAUUAGUGCUGGUGUAGUAAACAGUAUUUUAUUAAAAAAGGUUAUGAACGUUUUUUCAAAUUAUGCAUUCUUUUUAAAUCAACUUACAAAUUAUGGUUACGUUCCAAUUUUCUUUUCAGUAGUACUUUUUAAAUUCAUUUUUACAAAUGAUAUUCCAAAAGAAACUAGAGCUUUUCCAACUUAUAAAUUUGCAAUUAUGGGUGCAUUAGAUGCAGUUUCAGGUUAUUUUGUUGUCAUUGGUGGUAUUUCAACAUCAGGUCCACUUCAACAACUUUUAAAUCAAGCUAUUAUUCCAUUCACUAUGCUUGCAUCAUUUUUAAUUUUAAAAGAGCGUUAUUCAUUAGUUCAAAUGGGUGGUGCAGCUGUUAUUGUAGGUGGUGUUAUUGUUUCAUUAAUUCCAUCAUUAGUUGGCGGUGGUAAUAGCGGUAAUAAACCAUUUUGGAAUGUUUUCUAUUUAAUUUCAGUAGUUCCUGGUGCACUUUCAAAUGUUUAUAAGGAUAUUGGUUUUAAAGCUGUAGAAGAUAUGGAUGUUUGGUAUUUACAAUUUUGGGAUGCAUUUUAUCAAUCUUUAAUUGGUACAGUUUUAUUCCCAAUUAACAAUUGGUUACCACCACCAGCUACAAUUCACUUUAGAGAUAUUAUUCCAUCAUUAAAAAAUGGUACAUUAUGUUUAGGCGGCCAUGACAGUAUUCUUCCAAUUUGGAAUACCACAUCAGGUUUUACAAAUACAACCAUUCCAGGAUCAUGUACACCAUACCCACUUCAAUAUCCAGAUUUAACCCCAUGCGAUGAUUGCCACCACGCCUAUAUUUUAAUUAUUUUAUAUAUGUCAAUUAAUAUUAUUUAUAACGUUUUAAUUCUUUUGGUAAUUAAGCAUGCUGGUGCAACUGUUUUCUCAAUUGCUAAUACUCUCAGACUUCCAUUAACCAAUAUUGUAUUCUCACUUCAUUUCAUUAUGGGUAUCAAUACUACUGCCUUCUCAGGUCUUUCAAUCGCUGGUCUUAUUAUUAUUCUUUUAGGUCUGGGUGGUUACCGUGCGGGUUCAAUGUUAAAGGCAAAGAAAGCUGCAGCAGAAACUGGUGUAGAGGUAUCUACUAGAGCAAUUCUACAUAUGGGUCCCUCUGCUAUGGAUGCUAUGCCUUAUCAAAAACCAAUCAUUGAAGCUAAAUCCCAAGAUCAUCUUAAAAAUCAAUACUUUAGUAGACUCGGUAUUAGUGUUCCUGAAGCAAGAUAUCGUUCUUCACCAAGCUACGGUAUUAAUAGCUAUGGAAAUGACGUUUAAUUAUAUAAUUAAUAAUAUAUAAAUAAUAUAUUUUCAUAUAGAAAAAAAAAAAAACAAAUAAAAUAAAUC